AUGUCAGAAGUUAUUCUCUAUGACAUUCCGAGCAAAGAUCCCCGCCAUUGCUGGUCAUUGAAUCCUUGGAAAACCCGGCUCAUUCUCAAUUUCAAAGGCAUACCCUACAAGACCGAAUGGCUCGAGUAUCCUGACAUUGCGCCGACUCUCAAGUCAUUCGGAAUUCCUCCCAGCGAGCCACCUUGUACAGCCUAUACUAGCCCCACCAUACGUAUCUCAGACAAGUAUGUUAUGGACUCUCGGAAGAUUGCCGACGUGCUGGAGAAGGAAUAUCCCUCCCCCUCGCUACAUCUAGAUUCGCCCAUACUGAAGAAAGUGGAAGAGCUUGCACCACAGUGCAUCACGGCACUUGUACCAGUCUACAUUCCUAGAGCUCCACGAUACGUGCUCAACCCUCCGUCCGCGGAGUACUUUGAUCGUACGCGGGCGGCAAGGUUUGGCAUGCCUCUAUCACAAUUGGAGAAUGAGAAGGGCGGCGAGAGCGCAUGGAAGAUCGCGGAGCCGAAGUGGAAGGAGCUGGGAACUUUGUUGAAGGCUGAGGGAGGGCCUUUCUUCAUGGGCAAGACAGUGUCAUAUGCAGACAUGAUUGUUGUUGGUGCAUUGCACUUUUCUACAAUGCUCGGUGACGAUGAAGUGUUUCAGCGGCUGAAAACCAUAGAACCAGCCUUCUUGACGCUUUACGAUGCUUCAAAAGCUUGGCUUGAGCGAGAUGACCACUAG